AUGUCGUUGGUGAAGAGAUUGUUUACAAUUAUCAUACUACUGAGUAUAUUCAGCCUUUUCAUCUUAACCCUGUUUAGAAACUAUGGGAAGAAGAAAAGGCCGGAGGUAGAUCUACUUUUGGUUCAAAGUUUACUCAUUGCUAAAGAUAUAAUUAAGAGUAGAGGACACAUGGUUGAAAGGGUACAAGAGAUUCCAGAUGUACUGUUAACUACUAACUCCAGUGGUAAUAAGCCCAGUAAUUUCCCUGAUGUAGUGGCCAGAAGUGAGUGGCAACAAGAAACUAUGUCAAAUUAUUGCUUAGGCAUCAAUGGGAGUCUUUUAAACUAUUCUAGGGAACAAAAUGAAAUGCUUUACAAGCACUUGAUAUACAAUGAUAAGUAUGGCAUUAUCUAUUGCGUCGUUCCUAAAAUUGGCUGCACUAAAAUGAAACUCCUCUUCGUUCUCUUGGAGGAACAUUACACUCUAGAAGAUCUACUGGUCAGAAACUUGAGUGUAUCACACAAGAGCCAUCUGCGUAAUGUCAAAACCCUCUGGGAACUUUCCGCAACCAAAAGAGAAGCUCGAAUGAGAAGCUAUUACAAGUACAUGCCAGUGAGGGACCCACUGGAGAGACUAGUAAGUUCUUAUUUGAAUAAGAUCAGCCGAAGGAACAUGAGAAGCAAAUUUUUCCUCAACCUUAGACAGGAUAUUAUAAGAGAGUUUAGACUCCCAUCAGACACUAAUAAGAAUGCUAGUGAUGAUAUUGAUAGCAUGGUGCCAACUUUCAAGGAGUUUGUACAAUAUUUCAUUGAGUACAGGCACUUAAUGGAUAAUCAUUUCCAGCCAAUGCUCGAUAUCUGUCAGCCUUGCCUGGUAAAGUAUGACUUCUAUCCAAACUUCCACAGUCUUAGCUACGACAUGGACUAUAUUUUGCAAGUUUUUGGGAUCCCAAGAGACUUUUAUUUCAACGAUGUGAGGAUUGGAGCGAGUUUGAUGCCUAAACCAGCAGCACAGUUCAAUUACAGUUCUUACUAUGAUCAAAUUGACGAAAACAUUAGAGCAAAAUUGAUUGAGAAACUGAAACCUGACAUGCAAUUUUAUCACCAGUUAUAUCCAAGGAUGCAAAAAUACUAUUCAUAGCACAUAACGAUGGAUUUUAAUUAUUUACCUUGCUCAAUACUACACUUAUUUUGAAAAGACCAUGAAUCCUUUUCAUUUUA